UACCGUUAUCUAUUGUUCUAAAUAUAGAACGUAUUAACGUGUUAAUCUCACUCACUAGUGGAGUAUAAAGAUACUUUUAAUAGACGCUUGUUUUUAUGUUUGGAUUUCGAAGGAAUGUUAAAGCUUGUGUGAUCAUCUUUGUAAAGGGAACCCACUCUGUGACUUAGAUGGAUCAUUUUAUUUGUGGUUUUUGUGCAAGGUCCAAUCCUGACUGUUAUGCCAUGUGAAGGGUGAAACGGGUUCGAGACUCUGGAGUACCAUUAACUGAAACAGAUAAAAGUUGCUGAACAAGUUCAAGUAGUAGCCCAUGUUUUAGAAGUGUAAAGUCGUGAAUAGUGCGUGCCAAGUUUGAAAAUGCCGAGGGUCCAGUCAGUUGAGGAAGACUAUGGAAAGCCGUUAUCGCCAGAAAGACUCGAUGAAAUGGUACAACGUGUCAGCGGAUGGGCUUUGUUAAGUGGCGUUCAGAAGAAAAUAACGGCAACCGAGUUUCCAGAGAGGCUCGAACCUAUGCCGUUCACGCUUUUUCCCAGUAUAUUACCAGCCGACGUGCUGAGCAAAACAAAAUCUUUACAGACAGCCUUCCAGACUGUAAUAUACAAAGUGGCAAAUAACCAUGAGUUCAUGAAGGCAUGUUUAAGCGGGUUACUGAAUGUUGAUGAUUUUACGCAACAGCUAUGGAAAAUUUAUGAAACAGUAAGAAAUGAAGGAACAACUCAGGAGGUAUCAAUUAUUCUUACACGAAAUGAUUACAUGAUGGAGUAUGCGGAAGAGGAUGGCGUCAAACAAGACUGUAAGCAGGUCGAGUUCAACACUUUUGCCUCUGGAGCUGGUGGCGUCAUUAGCAGUAUGGUAGAUGUUCACAGGUAUAGUUUAUCAUUAGAAGAUAUACUGUUCAAAGAUAACCAGUUACCAGACAAUCACCCUACCGCUGGACUAGCAAAGGGCUUGGUUAAAGCAUGGCAACUGUACAAAAAUAAACGAGCAGCACUACUGUUUAUAGUUGGUAUACCAGAACCAAACACCCCGGACCAGCGCUGGUUGGAGAGGGACAUAUUAAGGCUAGACGGGUCAAUUAAAGUAAUAUACAGAACAUUCCCACAGCUGAUAAAACAGAUGACGUUAGGAGAAAAUAAAGAAUUAAUAGUUGACGGGACAGAGGUUGCAAUAGUUUACUACAGAUACGGGUAUGCACCUAAACAUUACCCUACAGAUGCGGAAUUCAAGUUACGAUUAGACAUGGAGAGAUCUCGCGCAAUCAAAUGCCCUACCGUAGCAUUCCAUCUUGCCGGCUGUAAAAAGAUACAGCAAGUGUUAGCCGAACCUGGAGUAUUGGAGAAAUUUAUAGAUGGGACAGAUGUAAUAAAAGAUCUUAGGUCUACAUUUGUAGGAUUGUACAAACUAGAUACAAAAGAUUCCAGCAAAAUAAUAACACAAGCUCUGCAGACGCCAGAAAGAUUCGUCCUUAAACCACAAAGAGAGGGAGGAGGAAAUAAUUUGUUUGGUGACGAACUGAAAGAUUACCUCGAGAAGAUCAAGGAAUCACCAGAACUGUCUUCAUGGAUCCUGAUGGAUCGGAUACGUGCUGCCAAACAUAGGAACCGUCUGAUACGUGUUGGUCUUGGGCCCGAGUGUCGUGAUGUAGUCAGCGAACUUGGAAUCUUCGGUGUUCAUAUCAGCACUCCCACGUCGGAGCUGGAGAAUUUUGAAUGUGGAUAUUUGUUACGUACCAAGCCCGAAGAGGCAAACGAAGGGGGAUUAUUCAGCGGGCAUUCAUGUCUAGAUUCACCAUUCCUUGUUUAGCGACCAUUGCAUAAACGACAUGGAAUCUCCACCGUACACUACAUGUAAGAAUCUGACUAUCUGCUGUGAACAUUUUUAUGAAAUGUCCAUGUCCAUGCAAAGUUUUAAGACAAUACCGAUAGUUUUUACGAUGGAACCAUAUAUAUAUACACGUAUAUAUAUAUAUAUGUUGUUUAAUCAGUGAACAAAAUCCAUGUGCAUAAUAAUAUGCAUUCAUUUUGGUCAUUUACGCACUUUUGAGCAGCAUUUAUUUUGUUGUACCUUUUUUGUUGUAUUAUGUAGUUUUUAUCAAAAGCAUUUAUUUACUUGCCAUUUUAAAUAACUAACGAACCAAUCUGUUCUGUCGAAUUAUGCCGUUUAUAUUUACACGAUUUAUGUUUACAUAAACGUUUUCCUGUUCAUA